AUGUGUGAUAAUACUGGUUGCAGGAAAAUACCUUUGAAUAUCUUACAGGUGUUCGCCUUGUGCACAGUUCUCUUGGCUUCUUGCUACGCCGAAGAUGAACCAGUUGAGAAAAAAACUGAGAAACGUGGAUUGAUCGGCUUAGGUUAUGGAGGUGGUUAUGGAGGCUAUGGAGGACACGGUUUGGGCUAUGGAGGCUACGGAGGAUACGGAGGUCACGGAUUCGGAGGCUAUGGAGGAUUCGGAGGACUCGGCCAUGGCGGAUAUGUAGCCGCUGCCCCCAUCGCUGUCUCUAAAGUAAGCUACGCCACCACUCACGGAAUCGGAGGCUAUGGCGGUUAUGGCGGAUAUGGUGGAUACGGACAUGGAGGAUUCGGAGGAUACGGAGGAUACGGACACGGAGGAUAUGGUGGAUACGGAGGAUACGGCUACGCCGCCCCAGCCAUCGUAGCUGCACCAAUCGCCAGCAAAGUCAUCUACUCAGGAGCAGGUCUUGGUCAUGGAGGUUAUGGAGGUUAUGGAGGUUACGGAGGAUACGGAGGAGGUUACGGAUUCUCCAAGCUCGGCGGUUAUGGAGGUUACGGCUACGGCGGCUACGGACACCAUUAA